AUGGCAUCCGCUACGAGCACGGUCGACAAACGUUCCGACUCCCCAAUAAAGUCCUAUCUUGGUUUGCGCGGGCAACCCCUUGUGUACGCGAUCACCUUUGCUUGCUGCCUAGGCUUCCUCCUCUUUGGCUACGACAACGGCGUUUUCUCCGGUCUAACCACCGACCCAGUCUUCCUCGCACAACUCUCCAAUCCGAACUCGACUCUCCUCGGCUUCAUAGUCGCAGUCUACGAGCUCGGCUGUCUCCUCGGCGCACUGAUAUGUGCCUGCUGGGCCGAGCAUUUCAUGAGAAAGACCGUCAUCUCCGCGGGUGGUGCCAUACUCAUAGUGGGUACGAUAAUCCAAACAUCCAGCUAUGGCCUUGGACAGAUGGUCAUCGGUCGAGUCGUCACCGGCGUCGGGAUGGGCUUCAUCACCAGCGCCGUGCCCAUCUGGCAGGCCGAGACGACACUCGCUCACUCCCGCGGGCGGAUGAUCGCGGCUCAGUUGACGUUCCUGAUAGUCGGAAUCGUCAUCUCGUACUGGAUUGACUAUGGAAUGUCGCUCAAGUCGUCGUCUGUCCAGUGGAGGUUCCCCAUCGCCGUCCAAAUUAUUUUUGCGUUCGGGCUGAUUGCCAUGUGUAGCGUGCUACCUGACUCGCCGAGAUGGCUAGCUGCACACGGGCGCAGCCAGGAGGCGCUUGAGCUGCUCUGCUCCUUACGAAAUGCGCCGCCAAGCUCUCCUAUCGUAUCGUCAGAAUUCCAGGAUAUACAAGCUGCCAUUGCCCUGGAACGCGACUCAACGGGCUCCUGGAAAGAUGUCUUCUCCGGUGGAGGUAUCAUGGGCUGGCAACGCACGCUCAUUGCAUGCACCGUCCAAGCAUGUCAGGAAUUCACCGGUAUAAACAUGAUCGUCUACUACGGGCCCUACAUCAUUCAAGAUUCCAUCGGCCUGGGGAGGACGGACUCUCUCUUGGUCUCUGGAGGAAUGCAGCUGUUCUUCUUGGCGAUGUCGUUCUUCCCAUGGAUUUUGCUCGACACGAUCGGACGGCGAAAGCUGUUCAUCUUUGGCGGAUGCGGGAUGGGCAUAUGCAUGCUCGUCUCGGCGAUCCUGAUAAAGCUUGGUGGGAAGAACAACGGUAUCGGCGCUAUUGUGAUGCUCUACCUGUUCCAGGGAUUCUUCACCGUGGGCUGGAUGUCGAAUAUGUGGUGCUACCCCAGCGAGAUACUCCCGGUUCGCAUCCGACAGCGAGCUGGCGCGCUCUCCGUCGUCUUCCAGUGGCUCAGCACCUUUCUAGUCGUCGAAAUCACACCGCCAGCCAUAUCGAACAUCGGCUGGAAAACAUACAUCAUCUUCGCCGCGCUGAACUUCAUCAACGUCUCAAUCGCGUGGUACUGGUUCCCGGAGACCGCACGCCGGACGCUCGAGAGCGUCGACUACCUCUUUGCCGGGUCGAAGAGUGUCCGAGAGGUGGUGCUGAAGUCUCUAGAUAGAAGGGAGAACUGGCGAGGUGUUGCAUCACCGGUUGGAGAGCCUCUCGGGAACGAGAAGAAGGACGAUAUCGUGGAGGUGGUCCUGGCUGCUUAG